UUGUGAAACUAGCUCCAGUGAUUAGCCACGUCAUGUAAACUUAGCAGUGGAGCAUUUCUGGUUUCACUAACAACGAGGAGUCGCAUUUUUUGGGGGACUAUUAGUUAUUUUCAAAGUGUAUUUCAGGGUUGUGAACUGUCAGAAACCCUAUGGAAAGAUGUCAGACAUCGGGGACUGGUUCAGAAGCAUCCCGUUGAUCACCCGGUCCUGGUUCGCUGCCUCGCUCGCUGUUCCCUUCCUGGGGAAAUUUGGGCUGAUUGAUCCCAGGAACCUCUUGCUGGCGCCAGAGUUGUUCUUUAACAAAUUUCAUCUAUGGAGACCAGUGACGGCUACCCUGUAUUUCCCAGUAUACCCUAACACUGGGUUUCUGUUCCUUGUCAACCUGUAUUUCCUCUACCAUUACUCCUCUCGGCUAGAGACAGGGGCGUUUGAUGGCAGACCGGCAGACUACAUAUUCAUGCUCUUCUUCAACUGGAUCUGCAUUGUUAUAACUGGGCUGCUGAUGAACAUGCAGCUGCUGAUGAUCCCGUUGAUCAUGUCGGUUCUUUACAUCUGGGCUCAAUUCAACAAAGACACGAUUGUGUCCUUCUGGUUCGGAACGAGAUUCAAGGCACAUUAUCUACCUUGGGUCAUCCUUGUCUUCAACUUCAUCAUCGGAGGAUCGUUUGUGAAUGAACUGGUCGGGAACCUUGUGGGUCACCUGUACUUCUUCCUCAUGUUUAAAUACCCCAUGGACCUGGGAGGACGCUCAUUCCUCACCACACCAGAGUUCCUGUAUCGGUUCUUCCCUAACAGGAGGGGAGGGGUGUCGGGCUUCGGAGAACCUCCCAGCAGGAGACCAGCUGCUCAAGAGCAGGCGGCGGGAGGAGGAGGACGUGGACGCCACAACUGGGGCCAUGGCUUCCGCCUGGGGGGUGAAUGAGAGGAGAAAGCUGCACCCCCAUCCUGUUUGCUCCCAUUACAAAAUAGCUGUGCAGUCGAUGUUUCAGGUUAAAAUGUUUGCUUCUUCACAUUCUUCCCUGUUUGAGGGAGUGAACAACCCAGACUUUAAUUUAAUUGACUUCAGUUCACAUUCACGUUUAGUUUUAAAGGAUACAACAAGAUGGAAUUUGAGGAAGCACACAUUUUAACCACGAAAGCACAGCAGGACUUAAGACUCUGGCUUAAUUCACCAAGUACAGCCAGCUAUGCUAUACUACUACUGUCCAUGUGAAGCAGAUAGAAGGAAAUAUGAAUAAACCGAUUUCUUUUUUUUUUUUGUUAAUGUGAUGAUUCUUGAGCUUUCCCCCUUUUUCUUUUUGUCCCCCCUCUCUACCCUUCUCCUUUUUUCUACACCCUGCCAUUGGACUGUCAAGACAGGAGUUGCUGCAGCUGCACACCAGUAAUGCUGUCGGUUUUUAUUCUUGUUCCUUUCCCUCCUUUUUCUCUCUCUCUCUCUCUAUGAGGCCAUAUCAGAUUACUUUGUAAUUACCAAUGUACUGGGAGCAUGCUGUCAGUAGCCGAUUGCCAGAACACGGGCAAAGCUAUUUAGAGAGCGCUGUUUCCAGGUCUGAAUUUACAUGGGUGUAAAAUGUUUUUUUUUAAAGCCUCUGUGGCACAGACCUCAUCUUUCUGUCAUAUGAUCUUAUCUUCACCAAAAAAAAAGGUGAAGAUGAGAUUUAGCUUUUGUUUUUUUGUAAAUAUAACAUUUGUUUAUUGAAAGGAUGAA